UUGCAUAAAUUGGAUCUCUAGAGUGCGUUAAGCAAUCGUUCUCCUUGGAUUAGGGUUUUUCUCUGCACUCGCUCGGCGGCGUAGGCGUCUUUGCUCCCUCUGCUCUCCGUCAGUCGGCACUUCUACGGUCCCGCAACCAUGGCCGAGCAGACUGAGAAGGCUUUUCUGAAGCAGCCCAAGGUUUUCCUCAGCUCUAAGAAGACUGGGAAAGGGAAGAGGCCUGGGAAGGGCGGGAACCGCUUCUGGAAGAGCAUUGGCUUGGGGUUUAAGACUCCCAGAGAAGCAAUUGAAGGCACAUACAUUGAUAAGAAAUGCCCAUUCACUGGUACGGUUUCUAUCAGAGGCCGAAUCAUUGCUGGUACUUGCCACAGUGCAAAGAUGAUGAGAACCAUCAUUGUCAGGCGCAAUUACCUUCAUUAUGUGAAGAAGUACCAGAGGUAUGAGAAGAGGCACUCCAACAUCCCUGCACACGUGUCCCCAUGCUUCCGUGUGAAGGAGGGAGAUCAUGUUACUAUCGGUCAAUGCAGGCCUUUGUCCAAGACUGUAAGGUUCAAUGUCCUGAAAGUGAUUCCUGCCGGUUCUUCUGGCGGUGGCAAGAAAGCAUUCACUGGCAUGUAAUCUCUUAUUUGAGGAGUUUGGAGGGUUUUGUUGAGUAGAGUUACCGAUUUAAGUUCAAGUUUUGCAUUUUGGUUUAAGUGGUUGGAACUCAUUUGUAUUACUGAGAGAGAUCUGUUUGAUGCUAUAGUAAUCCUGAAGUUUUGCCUGUUUCAUACUUUGGUGAAUACUGAAUGCACUCUGUCUACUCUUCAUCUUACUCAGGGUUGCACUUUGUUGUUGGUCUUAUGUUAAGCCCGUAAUCGAGGUCUUCUCUUCUGGUACCUGAAUUAUGUCAGAGCUGAUGCUCGUAAGAAAGUAUUGGUAGAGUUCAGACUGGGCUGUGGACUGUGGUUUCAUUAGUGGGCCUCCAGAACUAGUUUUUUUUUUAACAAUCCAGAGCUAGGUUCAUAUCGUAUAUAAUAGCAAGUUAUCU